AUGCCGACCUUGCCAUGGGUCGAGCCAACAGUCGACAAGGCGAUCCCCUCAACCUCGGCACAAACUGAGCCCUCCCCGCCUGCAGACACGGCGUCCGUCGAGGCUCUCUGGGAUGCAUACCGAGCCUCCAACCCCGCCGUGCCAGCGACGCCCCCGCCAGCCUGGCACUUCUGCGACAACCGCCCCGACGCGGCCGAAUGCCUCGCGCUCGUGCUGGCCGGACGAAAGCGCGCAACGGCGUCGUCUGCGGCCUUCUUCGCUUUGCAGAACGAGCCCCUCCCAGCGCCGGGCGACCACUCCGUCGUGACCGACUUUGACGGCACCGCGGAGUGUAUCAUCCGCACGACGCGCGUCACGGUCUUGCCGAUGGACCAAGUGACCACCGAGAUGGCGGCCACGGAGGGCGAGGGCGACGGGAGCUUGGAGUACUGGCGCGCCGUGCACUGGGCAUACUAUGCGCGCGAGCUUGCCGGGACGGGCGUGCCCGUGAGCCGCGGGCUCGAGGUCGUGUUUGAGGAGUUUGAGGUUGUGUGGCCUGCGCCCAGGCAUGAGUAA